AUGAUCGACUUCGCAAAAAUUUAUCUUGUUCAUGCGGCUGGGGAGAUUCACCACAUGAUAUUCAUUGUGGGCAAAAGCACAGCAACUUUGGAGAUACCGCGGUGGCCAGACUGGAAAGUUCACAGACUGAACAAGGAAAUCAAUGACUUGGAAGUCAGCUACGAAGAUCUUGGCCGUGACAACAUUCUUUGGAAUGAAGAGCUUGGCAGUAAUGCUGAUAAUGAAAUGCCCCUGCUCCUAUCACUGGGCACGGGAAACAUCUGGCCCGGCCAGACAAGCACCGCUACAAAGCGGGUGGCUGUUACGCCCGGAAAUGGUUGUAGAAGGAGGCAGAACCAUAAUUCCGUGGGGAUCACGAAGUGUAUUGCUUUAAUGCUUCUUUGA